AGUUCCUACCCGGACCUAAAUCAUCGUUGCACACCCUCACAGACAUGGCGUCCUUCAAUAAGAGGCUCUAGUGACACAUUUAUCUAUUUGCCCUUUUCGUGUCUAUUUCAUGUUAUAUAUUUUUAUGUAUGUGUAUAAAUAAUAACAUAUAGUUCACAAUGUCGACCGGGACCGUGUGUCAAGUUCUCCAGCGACGCUUUGCAUCUGCCGCAGCGGCUGCACGUGCGCCGGCCGUCCGCAGCCAGCGCAACGCCGUCUUCUCCAGAGAGCAGGCCAGGCAGAGAGCGCUGUACCCCCGCAUCGAGAAGAUAGAGGUGUCAAUGCAGGGCCCGGGGCUGGAUGGCACGCUGCUCGUCAUGAACAGAGGGAUGUCCACUCCGCUGAGCUGUGCCAGACACCUGACGGAGCAUCACGUGACCAACUCGGCUCUGGCGCUGGUGGACGGGAAGCCGUGGUCGCUCCACCAGCCCCUCACCCACUCCUGCUCACUCACUCUGCUCACAUUUAAAGACAAUGAUCCGACACUGGUCAACCAGGCCUAUUGGCGUUCCUGCGCUGCCCUGCUUGGCCAGGUGCUGGAGACGGCGUUCAAAGACGACUUCACCGUGGAGCUGCUCGGCACGCCAGAGGUGGCAGUCACUUCAGGGGCUUUCUGCUGUGAUGUGAUGCUCGACCCUCAGCUGGACUCAUGGACUCCCUCUGAGGAGUCGCUGCGGUCUCUGACCCGAGGGGCCCAGCAGCUGGUCCACCUGGACCUGGCCUGGGAGCCUCUGGAGGUGUCGCCCUCUGUGGCGAUGGAGGUCUUCUCACACAGCAGGUGUAAACAGGAAGAGGUGGAACAGGACGCAGCACAAAGUCCCAAAGGCACAGUGAUGCUCCACAGAUGUGGUGAGCAUGUGCUGCUGAGUGCGGGCCCCCUGGUGGCCAGGACAGGCCUGUGCUCCCAGUACGAGGUGACGGCCAUCCACAGCCUGGAACAGGGACCCCAUGGCCUCCACCGACGAGCACAGGGCCUCUCCCUGCCUCUGCAGCUGCAGGCUCACCACACAGUCUGGAGGAAACUGAGGCAGCGGGCAGAGAAACUGGUUGAGGUGGCGAGGCCUGAAGAAGUGACUCCACCUUCUCCUCCUGACUCGACUCCACUCUCCGACCAGCCAGUAACAACCUCUGUGUAACCUUCCUCAUGUAUCUCAUUGUAUUAUUUGUUCAAUAAAUGUGUAAAAAUAUGUGGCAAAUCA